AGCGGUAGGCAUUCAGUGGUGUUCCUAGUGCCUCGCAAUGAGGUAGUGUUUGGUCUCUUCACAAGUUACAAGGAAAUGUUUUGAUAAAACUAUCAACGUCACAUGAGUCAUCAUAGCUUUUCAAUCAAAUUAUGGAUCAUUGUGUAUAAGCGCCUCCCUUUUCGCCGUUAAAUCUUUCGGACUUGCUUUUCUUUUUUGUUACUUGUCGUUGCUCCCAGUCGUGAUUUCUUCAGUGGACCAAGUUACGCGACCGUGCUAUGUCUUCCAACGCGGAACUAGCCGUUAUCAGGAAACACUGAGUGUUAUACUUCAAAAGCGGAAUUGUGACGAAAUUUCGUUGUUGUUACAUUCUAAAAUACAAACCGUCGACCGAAUUUGGUGUGGAUUGUACACAUAGAAAUGAAGAAAUGUUGUACCGUGAACGUUCUGUUACUUUUAGUAUCAAUAGUUUUCGCAAUGGGAAUCGGCAGUGUUUGCUGCUUCGAUAUUCCUACGGAAUUUCAAGAAGGUUACCAGCAAUUUCCAUUCUCAUCUUUUCCAUUUUCCGAUCCAGUGAGCAAUAUUGACACAGUGAUUUCCCAAGAAUGUGGUAUCAGCAAAUUUUACAGACAAAGACGACCCCGCGAUGAUCAACAUCUGGGCUCCAUCGUCCAAAAAGAUAGGAAUUCUGUAUUGUCAGCAAUCUUCAAAAAAGAUUUUAAAGAAGAUGAUUUUCUUAAACGAGAAAGGCUGAAAGCCAGAAUUAUCAAUGGAAAACAAAGCAAACCAGGAGCGUGGCCGUGGCAAGUUUCCUUGCAACUAUUGCAUCCUAAAAUGGGCUUCGUUGGACACUGGUGUGGAGGCGUUUUGUUAAAUGGUUUAAAUGGAGAUUUUUGGGUUUUGACGGCAGCACACUGCAUUUCAAAUGAUGCAUUUAAUUAUCCCUUCAGUGCACUGUGGACAGCUGUUGUGGGAGAACAUGACAGGGCCAUAGAAGAGGGAUUUGAACAGAGGAUUAUGAUAGACAAAAUUUAUCUUCAUGAAAGAUUCAAAGAAUACCACCAUGAUAUUGCUUUAAUGAAGUUACAGAAAUCAGAAAGCCUUCAGAAUGUUACAGAUCGUAUUCGCGGUAUAUGCUUACCCACAGAUGAUAACGUUGAGAUUUUUCAAGGAGUUAGGUGUAUUGCAACAGGAUGGGGACAGUCAAAAAAAGGGAAUAAACUGGAAAACAUUCUCCAUCAAACUGAAUUACCAGUGGUAGAAAAUUCGCACUGCAAACAAGUAUAUGGUACAAUGUUCAACAUACCAAUCAAUAACUACCAUCUUUGUGCCGGGCCAAUUACAGAAGGAGGCGCUGGAACUUGCGUGGGAGAUUCAGGUGGACCUCUUCAAUGUAGCUUACGUGACGGGCGUUGGUACCUUGCUGGUAUUACAUCAUUUGGAUCUGGAUGUGCAAAACCAGGAUUUCCCGAUGUUUUUACAAGAAUUACAUACUACCUUCCAUGGAUUCGUGGAAAGUUUCGUUCAUCAGAUGAUAGUUUAUAGAGUUCCUUCGAAGAUUUGAUGAAAUCCUUAUAAAAGCACGAUGUAUAUUAUAUGAUAAAAGAAAUAAAUUUUCAAAAGUGUGCUGAUG